AUGGAAAUACAUCAAGAUUUAAACAGUUCAUACAUAUUAUGGCUAAAAGCCCCUAAAGGCAUGGAUCCUGAUUUAGAAAGUGAAGACAAAGUAUGGGUUCUAUUGCUUCCUGCUGAUCAUACAUUCACUAAUUUAAAAGAAACAAACCAUUAUGAUUAUAUGUUUACAACAUUGAGAGAUGAAUUAGAAGUUAAAGGAAAAACAUCCAUCCUUAAUAAAUUUUCCUGCUCCACUAAAAAAACUAAUGAAAGGGCAACAAAAGCUAUGAAAUGUAAAGGAAAUGAGAUUAGUAAUACUGCAUUAGAAAAAAAUGUUCAAAAAGGAGUUCAU